GCUGGACAGUAGGGAUAAGAAACACGUUCACGUUGUCUGCUACCAUUCGCUCAACAACUUAGUAUACCGAUUGCUUCGCGAGAUCGACGUCAUUUUUUUGUGCAUCUUUAAGAAAUAUUAUUUAUUUUUUUAUCUUUAAACCUUUUUACUUCCUUUUAACCCUUCCUGCAGUGCCAAAAAAAACAAACAAAAAUAUUUAAAAUAUAAAGUAAUCAAAAUUUGAAGAAAAAAAAAAAAUUAACAAGAUUUUAAUGAUAAAAUUAUCAGUAAAAAUUGAGUGAUUAUAUUGUGAUUAGUUGGAAAAAAAAAAUAAUUGUUUACAUUUUUUGGUUGAAUAACAUUUAUGCGCAAUUGAUGAAAAUUGCGAAAAUGAAUUCGACGAAACAAUUGAUAAAAUGAGCUCAAGGAUUCAUAAUGAUUUGUUGAAUUAGUUUUUUUUUUUUAAUUUUUUUUUAUAUAAUUUUGUAUUAAUAAUUGGUGAUUCGUAAUUUUUUUUUUUUUGUUAAUAAGUGGAACUAGAAAAUCGUGACUGCUUCAGACAAACAGCUGUUUGUGUUUAGUUCGCUUGAUUGAGAAAUACGCCCACUGUUAAAAGUACCUUGUCGACUUUCGAUGGAAGAAAGUUUACGGGUGUCAAAUGAACAAAUAAAAUAAAAAACAAAAAAACUCAAUCAACCAUAAAGUAUCAUUCAAAAAUAAACAUAUCAAUUAAAUUUUUUUUUUUGUUUAUAAUUAAUCAGCUAUCUAUUUUUUAUAUAUGAAAAUAAUUAUUAAAAAAUGGUUAAAUUUAUAUUUUUAAUUCGUAUUAAAACAAAAAAAAGCCCGCCUUUUUGAGGGAUUAAUUUGUGGCAAUGGACUGGCGGAAUGAUUUUUACUGUUACAAGACGAUGAACAGGUCACAGACAAUGAAAUGUUUCAAGUGUCUCAGGAGGGAUUGAUUUGUGUUAUUAUAACUCGUUAAUUUUUUUUUUUUUUUCUCCAAUCUUAUCAACUACCACUGGAUUAUAUCGAUCACCAAAACAAUUAUAAAAAAAAAUACAUAUAAUUAAAGCAAAAAAAAAAUUCAAAAGAAAAAAAAACGUCGUCAAUAAAUUUCGAUAAAAUUGAUUUGUUGGAUUAUUCACAAUACAUCAGGUCUCACGUGUCAAAUACAGUCCUUAGCCAUGAACCUCGCGCUGCAUGGAAUUUUACUGCAGGUUAUCUUGUCAAUUAUCGACUUUAAAUAUGGUGGAUUGUGCAGCGCGGGGGAACCUGGUUACCUGGACUUUGACAAUUUGCCGGAGACGAAUUUCUCGUGUCAAGGAAAGGUGAUUGGUGGAUACUACGCGGAUGUUGAGGCUGGUUGUCAGAUGUUCCAUGUUUGCACGAUCGGUCAGAAAGAUGUUGUUUCAGAUGAAAUAAUGGAUAUUAAAUUUCUCUGUCUGAAUGGAACUGUGUUCGAUCAGGAAACGAGGGUUUGUGAACGAGUUGAUGAAGUUGAUUGCAGUAAAAGCGAAAGAUUCUACAAUUUAAAUCUUGAAUUAUAUGGCAACAAUGCUGUUACGCUCAGUUUACAUGAAGAGGAUGAUGAUGACGAUAAUAACAACGCCAACGAUGACAACAAUAAUAGAAAUAAUAAUAAUAACAACAACAAUAACAACAAUAACAACAACAAUAAUAAUGAUGAUGAUGAUGAUAAUGAUGAUGGAGAUGAUGGAUCAUUGAAUGAUCAUCAUCAAGAGACAUCAGCACGUCCAACAACAACAAGUCCAAGUCCAACAACAAGUCCAAGACCCUCAAUAUCAUCAACAACAAUAUCUGGAGGUGUAUCAUAUCAAAAUGGAAAUGGUUAUCCUCAACAUUAUCAGCCACAGCAACCAUUUCCACCAGUUCAAACUAGUCAAUCAAAUUCCGAGUACGAUGACAAAAAUGGUGGUUAUCAUCGUCAGUAUAUAUAUCAUACAGGUGAUCAACACAAUGGUAAUCAUGAUAAUGAUGAUAAUCAAGCAACAUCCUAUCAAUUAUUUAGUAAUCAAGGAGCUAGUUCAACAACUGGUUCACCACAACAUCAUCAAAUAUCAACUGGUACAUCACAUUAUCAUGCUACAUCUACCAUUCAAACAUUAUUAAAUUCAAAUAAUCCAAAAAAUAUUAAUUCACUGUAUCAUAAUCAUGGUAUUGCAAGUACAACUGAACACACAUAUACACUACAUAAUAAUAAUAUUAAUAAUAAUAAUAAUAAUCCAAGAGACACAUCUGAUUAUCAUCAAUCAUCAUCAUCAUCAUCACAAGGAUCAACACAAGAGCUAUCUAAAAAUAAUCGAAUGAAUGUUGAACGAAGACAUUUAGAGCCAGUACAAGCAACGAGUCAAGGAAAAAUUUCAAAGCUUAUAAUAUCACCAAUUCCAGAACAAAAUAAUCAAAAUAAUAAUCAAAUGAAACAAAAAAAAAUUGAUACAAAUGUACAACAACAGCAACAACAACAACAACAGCAACAGCAUCAUGUUACUGGUACAUUUGUUACAAUACCACCAUCAAAUGGUGGUAGUGGUGUUACUGUCAGAACGUUUUAUCCAACUCCAAAAACAUCAACAUCACAAACAAUAACACAACAUAUACAUUUACCACCACCACCAUCAAUACCACAAUUAAAACCUCAUCAAGUUACAAUUAAUUUACCACCACCAGAAAUACAAAGAAUUGUACAAAAUCCAUCACCAUUAUUACCAACACAAUCACGUGUUAUUGUAACAGCUAAAGCAAGUGUUAGUGAUGAAUCUGGUAGACCAUUAAAUACAACACAAUUAGUUACAUUACCAUUACCAACAAUACCAUCAAGUUAUGAUGAUUAUAAAGAAGGUGAUGAGUCAUUUGAUCCAUUCUAUAGAGAUGUACCUAAAAUAAGAAAUAGCAGAAGAUCACAAUUUGAUUACAGAUGGUCACCAAUUAAAUUUAGAAUUUAUCCAAGAUAUACAAGAAAAAAAAGAUCAACUGUUGAAAUUGUACAAUCAAGAAUUUUAGAUAAUAAUAAUAAUAAUAAUAAUGCAGCAUAUAUAAAUGCACAUUUGAGUGGUGGUGAAGGAAUUUCUGAUGAUUAUAUAAUACCUGAAACUAUGAGUAGUGAAACUGAUUAUACAUCACAAGAAUUACCAGAUAAAAUGACAUCUUUUAAUAAUUAUUCUGAUGAAAUAUAUGAUGAUGAUCAUCAUAAUCAGCAUCAAGUAAAUAAUUCAAAACAUUUUAAUGAUGACAGAGAUUCCAAUGAAGUUGGAAAUACUGAAAAACCAUUGGAAAAUUCUAAUGAAUCAUAUGAAGAUAUUGAUUAUGAUUCAGAAGAAUAUUCAACAUUAAAUGAGGUUACAACAACUGAUAAUACAAAACAAGUUGAUGAGAUUGAGACUGAAUUUCCAACAGACAUUCCAACAACUACACGUCAUUUUGAGAGUACAACUACUGUGACUAAAAUUGAGUCAAAUAGUGUUAAUAAAAAUGAAGAAGAUACAAAUGGAAUAUUAAAAUUUACUGAUGAAAUUCCAAAAUUAAAGGAUAAAAAUAAUAGCAUGGAUAGUGAUGAAAAUUUACCAUUUCCUCGAGUUCCUCAAGAUUAUGUUGAUGAUAAUUUUGAGUCAUAUAGUUAUGAAAAAAAUAUCAAACCAAUUGAAGCACCAAUAAAUAAAACUGAUAAUAUAAAUUUGAUGAAUUAUUCAUCAACAGAGAGUAUUGAAGGUAUGAAUUUAAAUGGAAAUUCAAUACCAUUAUUAAAUACAAUGGUAUCAACAACAUCAACGACAACAGUUGCACCAACAUCAACUUCUACUACUACCACCACCACUACCACUAUGAGUGCUCCAAUAGUUACUCUACCAACAUCAAUAACAACAUUGUUAAUGUCAACAACGACAGUACCAUCAACAACUAUUUCAACAACUCAGUUGCCAUCAACGACUGUUCCAACAACUCAAUCUACAUCCACGACUAUUUCAACAACUCAAUUUGCAUCAACAACUAUUCCAACAACUCAAUCUACAUCAACUACUAUUCCCACAACUCAAUCUACAUCAACUACCUUGUCACCAACUACACCUAGAACUACAACAAUUCGUCAAAAAGUGUACAAAGCUUUUACAACUCGUAAAAGUUACAAUUACAUUCCACCACCAACAUUACAAACGCCUGUUGUGAUAAAAUCAAGACCUUCAUUGCUAAAUCCAAAACCAGCAAAACCACUAAGAUCAUAUAAUGAUGGUGCACCAAAACCAAUAAUAAAAAAACUUCCACUAUCAGCAAAACGUGACUGGAAAACAACAAUUGAUCAUCCAAAUGAAAUAACAUCAACAACAGAAUUUUUACCUAAAUUACCAUUGGAACAAAUACUUGAAGCGGAACGAAUGGUCAUGAAUCAAAUAACAAGUAAUACAAAUGUCAAUCCAAACAAAUUAAACGUAGAAAUUGAAAUUUCUAUUUCAACAACAACUCCAUCCAAGCCUGAAAAAUUUUAUAAUGAAAGUUUUAUUAAAAAUUCAACGAGUAAUAAUUUUACUGAUGAGACGUUACCAAAGUUACCAACUGGUGAUUCAGAUAAAAUUAAUGAGCAUCAUGAUAUGAAAGUUGAAGAUGAAUAUAAAUAUGAUAAUAAUGAUCCAACAAAAAGUGAUUUAAUAACUGAAAAUAUAAAUUUAGAAACACCAGCGAGUAAUGUUGCAUCAUCAACAUUAGCAUCAGUUCAUGUAUCAAGAAGACCUGGUGGUUAUUAUAAACGUAUACCUGGUUUUAAUUGUAUUGAUAAAAAAAUGUAUUAUUUUUAUGCUGAUGAUAGAGAUUGUCGUUUAUUUCAUUAUUGUUCACCUGGUUUUACAACAAAACAAAUACUUGAUUUUCGUUUUGUCUGCGAAGAAGGCACUGUUUUUGAUCAACAAACCCAAAGUUGUUUGCAUCAAUUGGAUAAUCCAAUAUGUCAAAAACGCCUUUGGUAAUAAUUAAUAAUAUUAAAUAGAUAAUUAUUAUAAUUAAAAAAAAAAAAAAACAAACUUGUAAAACGCUUUUUCCAUGUUACUAUGAGAUUAUAAAUUGUUUUUUUUUUUUUUUUUUUUUGUUUAUCUUAGCCAAUUUUUUUGUUUAUUAAUUUGUGUAUCCAAAAAAUGCUUCCUUGAUUUUGAUAAUUAGUGAAUCCUAACGAGUCGAGUGUUUUUAUUAUUUUAUAUAAUUUUUAAUUAUUUUUGAUUACUAUACUGCCAUAAAAGUUUUUUUUUCUUAUUUGCAUUUUAUUUUCAUCUAUUGAAUGUGAAUAUUUUUUUAUUGAUUUAAUUAUUUGUUGUGAAUGAUUUUAAGACUGUUAUAAGGAUUCACACUUAUCAAAAUUAAUGCAGCUCGUAUAAAAUGGAUAAAUAACAAAUGAAAAUUAUUUUUUGUAAAAUUAAUAAUAAAUUAAUAAUAGAAAAAAAAAAAAAAAAUGAAAUUAUAAAAUAAUUUUUUAAUUGUUAAAUUUUGCUGAGUAUAAAUUAUUGUACUUUGUUAGAAUGACAGAAUGUUGAUUGCUCAAAAAAUUGGGAUUAUAAAAUUAUUAAAUAGUUUCCCAUUGCAAAAACAAGUAGUUUAAAGUUUUUUUUUUUUU